CGCAGCAACUCCAGGCCAGGCCGGAGCUGCACGGAGCAGCAGGGGCACUCUUCCAAGGUAAUGAUUAAGCCGAGCGUCUGGCAAGGGCACAGGCAGCAGAGCCGGGAAGGUGAGCCCUAUUCACACCUCGGCCAGGCUGUGGUGGCCAGGACCGGUUUGGAAGGCAGGGCCCUGGGGCACGGGGGCCCAGAGCCGACAGUCACAGCCUCCCCCUGCACACGGGUAUCGAGGAGCAUCUCAGGCCAGAGCUACUGCUGCCAGCCCUACUAGGACCCUGCCCUCAACCCUGGCACCAUGAAGCUGCAGAUGCUCUGGACUGGGCUGGAAUACACCUGCCGGCUCCUGGGCAUCACCACUGCUGCAGUGUUGAUCGGCGUGGGCACUGAGACCUUCCUCCAGGGACGGUUCAAAAGCCUGGCUUUCUAUUUGCUGUUUAUAGGAGCUGUCAUCUCCGUGUGUGAAGGGGCCUACUUUGUGGCUCAGAUGCUGACCAUCUGCUUCCAGUGCCGGCCGGAGUCCCUGGCCUACAGAGCAAGGGAAAAAGCCCGCUGGUUGGGCUGCUUCCAGAAGUUCCUGGCAUACAUGCUGCUGUCUGUGGCCUGCUUUCUCCACCCUGUCCUGGUCUGGCACGUGACCAUCCCAGGCUCCAUGCUCAUCAUCACUGGCCUGGCCUACUUCCUGCUGAGCAAGCGGAAGAAGAGCAAAGCCAAGCCCGAGGCGCCCACUCCCCCGGAACAGUACACGGACCCCUCGGGCAGCGCCGUGAGCACCACCGGCUCUGGGGACACCGAGCAAACCUACACUUUCCACGGGGCCUUCAAGGAGGGGACCGGCUCCCUCUUCAUCCACAUGAAGAGCAUCCUGAAGGGGACGAAGAAGCCCAGUGCCCUCCAGUGCCCAGACACCCUGACAGAGCUGACCCUGGAGCCGGCCGACUCUCUGGUCAAGAAGAAGCAGGUGCACUUUGAAGACAGUACGGUCAGAAUCAUCCCAUCUCUCACUGAAGACCUGGACGAGGGGGACAGCGAGCCAGAGGAGACCACCUCUGACACCACCCCCAUCAUCCCUCCCCCGCAGGCCCCUGUCUUCCUGUCCUCUCUCACAGACACCAACCUGUUUUGAGCUGUUGGCUCCAGCCUAGGGAACACUCAGCAAGGGGUCUGCAUAGAUUGAUGGCCCUGUCUGGCGUUUCCUGACAUCUGAGGGCCCCCUCCAGGGAGCUUGGGGUCUUCACAGAUUAGUGCUUCAAGGGGUAACCAGACAUCCCCCUGGUAGCUGGGUUUCUGGGCCCAUCAGGUGGCAUGGCAGACCCUGGAGACGCCUUGGGCAAGGCACAAAUGAAGCUCAUGCUGUCUCAAGCCAAUAGAAGUUCUUCCUUCCUGGACAGGGGGCGGGGAAAUCCCCAAAAGAGACCAUCAGUCCCACUUUACAUAAGGCUGCUUCAGGCCCCAAAGCCAAUGAGCUUCUUUUGCUCCUGACACGGGGGCCCAGCAGUCAGCAAGGCCUCAUUGUCCAUCUCCUCUCGGAUGCAGCAGUCCAGCCCUGAAGGCCCAAUGACGCGGACUACUUAAACAUCACAAAGGCAGGUGUUGAAAGUAGCCAUAGACCCCAACCCCCAAGAGCCAAGGUGGCUCAGGAUACGUGGGGAAGGCAAGGCUGCAGGCCCUCGGGGGUGGGGGCAGCACGAGCAGUGGGCUGCAUUCUCUGCGUGCUCUGAGGCUGGCCCUGCGUGACCUGAGUUACAGAGCCACCCAGGGAAACAAUGCCACACUGUGCUCCCUGCAGAGAAAACUAGGCCAGAUGAGUCAGGCUCAUUCCAGAGGCAUCGCUGAGGACUCCCUGCCUCCCCACCACAUGAACUUUCCCGAGAUUCCAAGUAGAUGAUGUAAACUAAAAGGUCCUGAAAGCCAACAACACGUGAACAGUGAGGACAGCAGCACAGGGCACAGUACCCGCAGCACACAGGGACCAUGGAGGUGGUGCCCUGGAGAUACUCAGCACAGAGAGGUGGCUCUGUCAUG